GGGAAGUGUCGUCAGCAGAUAUAACUACUGAUAUCCUCGGUGCGUGGGGCUGAGUGCGGCACCCUGAGGCGGGGCGCGCCGCUAUAAGAGACCCCCCGGGGCCCCGGACGGACCCAGCCCCAGUCAUGCCGCGAGCCUUGCUGCUGCUGCUGCUGCCCGCCGCGGCGCUCGCCUUCCCCGACGGCGCGCCAAUCGACGUGUGUGUGAAGGCGCGCAGGAACCAGCCCCACCACGGCCAGGCGCGCCCCAGGGUCGACGCGCCGCCCUACUCCGUCACCGCAUCGGCGGACACCUACUCCCCCGGCGACAAGAUCUCAGUGGUGAUCACGUCGCUGGACGGCACGCCGUUCCGCGGGUUCUUCAUGCAGGCGCGCGACGCGGCCUCGGACGAGUGGCUGGGCGCCUUCGAGGCGGCCGAGAACAUCAACCUGCUGCCCGAGUGCAGCUCCAUCACGCACGCCGACAACAAGGACAAGCUGCAGGCCACGCUCAUCUGGACCGCGCCGGCCCAGGGAAUGGGCAACGUGUACUUCACGGGCGCCGUGGUGCAGCAGUACGACACCUUCUGGGCGGACCUGGUGGCCGAGGUGGCGCGCGCAGUCCGGCAGUGAGGGGCCUCCAGCUGUCACGUGACCUCCGCCUGCCUCCGCCGCCGAGCGCCAGUGGUUACAUUAACCACAGGUGCUGCAGCCGCGCCGAGCUUCAACACAGCCCAGUGGGACGUUCCACCAGACACCUCGAUAAUCCGUAUUGUUAUUGGAGUACACGCAACACUGUAAUUGUUUUGUUAUUAUUUAAAUGGAUCAGAAUUAAUCGUGUAAAAUCACACAUAUUUUUUUAAUAUGUAAAUUUACGUGAAAACGACUGUUUCUCUACAAAAUACUAUUCGCAUAAUAACUAGGGACACCUGUAUUUCGCGAACACAUUUCGUGUCAAGGUAUUUCACAAAAUACUGUAGCUUUUGUCCUGUGGUUAUUGGCUGAGGUUGGUGAGAGGUGUCGUCCCGCUCUUGACGGGGCCAAUGAGAAUGUGGUCACCGUACUGCUGCACCCUCACAAUUUAUCCAUGACUAGAGACCUGCAAAAUUCGCGGAUUCAAUUACCUCCAGGAUAGAUUCUACUACACUCUGUGCCGUUUCUAGGUAUGGCACUCAUGAUUUUAUGUGUAAUUAAUUUAUUCACAUUUCUUUUUUUUUAAUCUUUCAUGUUAAAUAAAUUUUAAAAUUUUUAUGCAAAGAUUCUAUUUAAUAUUUAUUUUUCUUUACAUAUUUCAUUAUCUUAAUGUUAAAGUUUUGUGUAGCUAUUUAAUUAAUAAUCUCUUAAAAGUGUUUGUUUCUAUUAUAAUCAAAUGUGUAAGGGAAACACUAAGUACUACAAUUCUGGUUCUAUGAAUAUUUUAUUUUGUUUGUAUACCCUCUACUUAUUGUAAACUCUAUGAUUUCUGUCGUGCCAAACGAAAAAGACUUACCUUGCCCUUUUUCAAUUUCUUUUCGGCCAUUUGGCAUGUAAUUUUUUGGUGCGGAUGUAAAAACCAUCAUAAAAUGUAACAACCUAUCUAUUACCGCCGUUUUGAGUGAGUAAAUGUUUCGUCUGUGGGAAAAGUGUAUCCCAUGAUAAAUAUUUUUUAUGUUUGGAGGUUAAUAUUUUUGUGGUUUCAUUCCAUAGCGGUUCGAGUCAUGGGCCUCAUCCUGGCUUUGGUGUUCCAGGAAUCUAAAUUCAUUUUUGGGAAUUAACCUCUUCAAAACAAAGGCCAGAAAUUUCAUUAUUAUUAUUUUAAGGUUAUGUAAUUGUUUUCAACUUCUGCGUAAUCAUCAUGCAAGUUUCUACUAUUGAACUUGAAUCAAAGAAAUAAUAUUGAUUUCUACACUUUGGAACGUUUCCGGCAAUUAAUUUUCAUUCUGAAGAAAGAAUUAUAAGAAGACUUCAAUAAUUUAAUAUUUGUUUAAUGAAUUAAUUUUUUUAAAUAAUGUUUGUUGAGUAACUUAACCUGUUUUUUUUUACUUCAAUCUAAAAUAAAUACUUGGUACGUACUUAGUUGUUCACGAGCUCGUUACUUAAUAUAUAAUACUCAGUAAUAUUUUGUUAAUAUGUUAAUUUUUUUGUUGAUGUUUGCUUUACAUUGUUAUUUUUACAAAGGCCUAUAAUUACAACCAGCACCAAUCUGAUAUUUGCGUGUUAUUUUGUUUCCCAGUUGUUUAUUUCAAUAGGUAUGUCUUAAUUCUUUUUAACAUGUUAUGUUUGGUUACAAAUGGCAAUAUGUUCUUAUUUCUCUAUAGUAAAUUAUUUUAAUUCUUUAGUUAAUAAAUGAUAACAUAGUACAGUAAAUGUAAACGAUCCGACAUAUCUGAAACUUUCAUAUGUUAUAGUGUCCUUGGGUAACUUAAAAUGCCACACAUUGAGGUUAUGUAGGAUGCUAUAACAGAUGGAUGCCUUUCAGUCAAAAUAUAUGUCACAACUCUACACACUCGGGCAAAUGCCACUUGCUCAUUGGCUGCUGACUUGUGAGUCGUCUCUAAGGGUUGCCUGUGAUUCGACACUUCUAUGAGUGAGGGUCUCUAAUUGGCCCCCAUUGCUCCAGAUUAACAGAGAACCAGUGGUAGAAGCUGCGCUAAGGUAUAAUUAUUUGAAUUGUUGCAUAUCACGAAAUGAAUCCGCGAAUUUUGCAGGUCUCUAGACAUGACUCUUAGAAAACGUUACAGUGUUUUGUGAAAUAAAUUGACAUGAAAUUAAAUCGCGUAAUUAUGGUGUCCCUAGGCAUAAACCAUUCUUUAUUUAUAAGAAUUUGUAUAACUUUAUUUAUGUAAUAGUUUUGUGCCACAAUGUAAAAUUUAAUUUAGUGAAAAUUUUAGUCAAAAUAAUUAAUUAUGUGAUAAUCAUAAUGCAAAAUACGUUUCACACAUUAAACGAACCUAUAAUAAUUGACUUUUAAAUCGAGGUCUUGCUACAAUCAUACCUUUUUUUAAGUUUGUAAGAAUGCACACUCUGGAUUUUCAUUUUUUUACAGUACAAUUAUCAUAUUUUAUUCAACUUGAAUUGGUAUGGAGUAACAUGAUGCAUAGUCUCAUUGUUCUUCACUUAAGCAAACCAAGUUCAAAUCCUGAUGAGUCUGAGAACACUAUGAAAAAUUGUACAAACAUAGCAGGGACACAAUAAAGUGAAGAAAGAUUGCGAUUUAGAACAAUUUUUUAUUGAGGUGUGUUUGUCCUGUUUUUCAUAAGAAUAUUUCAGUAUUAUUACAUACUACACUAGUGUAAAUAAUCAGCAAUAUGUAUUAUAAUAAUGACAGUAAAUUUGCACUGUGACAUUAAAAUGUGUAGUUUUAACAUGUGUUUAUACUGUAAACCUUAUGUAUCAACAUAUUAAAAGAAGUAGAAUAAAAUGUACAUUUUUCAUUUAUUAA